AUGGGCCGAAAGUACCUUGGCGGCUCUGGAGAGAGCCUGACUGUCUGGAUCAGUCUCGCAGCAUCAACUGUGCUAGUCUUUUAUGGCUACGACCAGGGAGUUUUUGGUAACAUCCUUGUUUCCAAAGAUUUCAUCGAGACCGUGGGUCACCCUUCUGUCGAGGCCCAAGGAACCAUGACAUCUGUAUACAACCUCGGCUGUUUUGGUGGUGCACUCUCGACUUUAUAUACAGGUGAUAAGCUUGGACGACCCAGGUCACUCAUUGUUGGAAGUUUGAUCAUUGCUCUCGGUGCUAUUAUACAGGCUACUGUCUUUGGCCCUACGCAGAUGUACGUUGGACGCGUUGUAGCAGGUAUCGGAACUGGCAUUAAUACCUCGACUGCUGGCGUAUGGCAGUCAGAAACAGCAAAGACCGCCAGCCGUGGCAAGCUAAUUAUCAUCCAGAUGGCCAACUGUAUUACGGGCUUUUCUAUCUCCAAUUGGUUAACACUCGGCUUCUCUUUCGUUCCAGGAAGUGCCAGCUGGAGAUUCCCUCUCGCAUUUCAGAUCUUCUUCUCGGCUCUCGUCUGUCUGAUGUGUCCUUUUCUCCCCGACUCUCCCCGUCUGCUUAUGCGCAAGGAGAAACAUGAAGAAGCUCUUGAGGUCCUUGCCGCGCUUGAAGGGCACGGUGCAACUGUGGACUCGCCCUCAGUACGAACUCAAUAUGCCAUCAUCAAAGACAUCAUGGACAAGGAACGUGGUGAUGAAUGUACAUGGUGGCAGCUGAUCACUGGCCGUGGUCCAUCAGGUGCAGUGAGGAGAAUGAUUCUCGGCGCAUGGAUGCAAUGCAUGAACCAAAUUUCAGGCAUUAACGUAACUAGCUAUUACAUGACCUAUGUCUUUAUCAACGCCCUCGGCCUCAGCGAAUUCAUGGCCCGGGUCCUUGCUGCUGCUGGAUCGAUCGACUAUCUCGUCUUCUCUUUUCUCGCCUGGUUUGUCAUUGAGCGUUACGGCAGACGUCGUGUCAUGAUGGUGUCUGCUGCCGCUUGUGCUGCCUGCUGGACCAUCAUCUCCAUUGCUGCCUCCCAGAUCGAACUUGGUAAGGGAAACCGAUUUUCAUGGGGUUGCGCAGCCAUCUUCGGUUUCUUUGCUUUCUUUGCAGCGUUCGGUAUGGGUGUUUUGGCAGUGCCGUGGCUUUAUCCUACAGAGGUGAACGCUUUGGCUUUCCGGGCCAAGGGUGCUAGUUUGGCCAUGGCCUCCAACUGGAUCAUGAACUACAUGGUUGCUCAGAUUACACCUCCAGGUAUUGCCAAUCUCGGCUACCGUUUCUGGGUGAUCUGGGCUGUCAUCUGCGCUGCCUUCGUGCCAAUUACCUACCUGUUUUACCCCGAGACUGCAAAUCGCUCUUUAGAAGACAUUGACCGCUUUUUCGCCGAACACCCGGAUAUUUUUGUCUUCCGCAACAAGACUGCCACUCAGCUCGCGAGACCCGAGAUUUACUUUGAGGCAGAUAAGGCUAUCGCUGAACAACAAAAGAUCCGAGGUGAGGUGGAUGAGAAGAGCAUUACUAGUGCAAAUGAGAAAGAGUUUGCUUAA